UCCUCCAACCCGUCCCUCACCUCACCACCAGCCAACACCCUUCCCUCCCCUCGCCGUUGCACUCCUCCACGCUCGCUAGCCCGCCAUGGUGGUCAGCAUCGAAGCCAUGCGCGUCUGUACGACGGUGGCCUUCUCCUGUUUCGCCACCGAGUGGCUCUGCUCAUUGGGCAGGGAGAUCAAGUACAUUUGGAAAGCCCGAUUCUGCCUAUUGACGGCGUGCUUCUUGGGUGCGAGGUAUAUCACACUGAUCAACCUAACAUUCAUGAUGGCAAUGUUCCAUGGCUCAUGGACGGCCUCCUUGUGCGAUCGCCUCUACCUCGUCAUGCCAAUCCUGGCCACCCUCGGUCUCCUGUGCGCCGAAGGAGUCUGCUGCAUCCGCAUCUGGACCAUUCACAAGCGCAGCCGCUUCAUCUUCUCCUUCCUCGCAACACUCUUCACCGCCAUGGCCGGCAUCCAAUUCUACGCCAUAUCCAAGUACGUGGCAUUUCGCGACGAGACGGGAAGCUGCAUUGCUGCGGGUCAAGGGGUCUGGUUGGCCCUUUACUGGUUGGCGCCUGCCACUCUUGACCUGAUCCUCCUCUUCCUCGCCAUCUUUGCCGUUGGCCGCGAGACCCGCCAAUACGGCGCCAAUCGUCUCCUCGACGUGAUCCUACGCGACCAAGUCUUCUACUUCCUCUUUGUCUUCUCCGGCUGCAUCAUCUCCGGCGUCCUCAUGACGGUCAAUUCUGCCUUCCUUCAGUCCCUCAACAACCCACCCGCCAUCGCCGUACCCGCCAUCGGAGCCACGCGCUUGGUGCUCAGCCUCAAGAGCGAGGGCAUGAGACAGAUGGGAGUCUACCGUCACGGGCAGGACAGCUCGGGCUCCUCUGGACGCAAGGGCCUCCCAAAGAAGAAGGGAGGCGUCCUCAGCUGGUGGUCCACGCGCGACAGCGGACAAGACAUUCAGAAAGCUUCCUUCCCCGACUCGCCCGCCGCUACCACGCGCAGCAACAAUCGCUCGUGGCUGCAGAUCCAUCCGGGCACAUGGACUAGCAGCAUGGAAGCAAGGAAGAUGGCCUCGAGCAACUCGGAGUCUGCUCAUCCACUCACUAGUAGUCCUGACGUUGAAUUGGCCUCGUUUGGCCAGAGCAAGGGUGAUCACACCUUCGACUCCAUCGAGGUGCACCAAGCACCCGUACCACCUACGGCGCGAUGCAAGACUUCUUCGACGUUUUGGAGCGGCCAGCGAGGCGUGCCUGGUAGCGUGGAUGAGAACGGCGAGUACACGACCAGCGGCAAGGGUGAGGUAAUUCUCGGCCCUUCUAUCGAAGUCGGUCGACACCAGCCUCACGCGGAUGAACGCCUCAUAGGCCUGGGGGACAACACCAUGUGGCCUCACAGCAAGGCUCGUCGUAUGGCUAGCUGUGACCAGAUUCAUGUGCCCGUCACCGUCCCCGUGACCCGAAAUGCGCACACCGCCACGGGGACCCGGGACAGCAGUCGCGAUACCUUUGGCGGCCAUAACCACACGAGCAGCAGGUCUGGAACCAGGCUCGGCUCGCCUACUGCUCCCCCUUCUCGAGGGCAAGGCAAUUUCAUGAAGGGUUGCGCUAUCCAUACCGAGACGACUACCUUUGUCACCCGCGGAAGUGAGGACUACUCGCAGCACGCUAUGCCGCAGUACAACAGCAAUGGUAACAACAACAACAGCAACGCCACUGCCUUGCGACCAGACACGGCCAACGACCCAUACCAGCAGCACGUCGCCUCUUGCCCCACCAACAGCAGCAACACCAGCAGCAGCAGCAGCGCCCCUCCCCUCCCAACGCAGCCCCGCGUGUCCGCCGCCCCCUCGGCGAGCUACGUAGUUGCGGAGGACUCGGGAGAGGAUACAGAGGCGGAGGAGGUUAUUGGGUUCGCGAGCAACACGCCCCCAGCUAGCAGUGGGUCCAUCGCUGGGGCUCACCAGAGGCAACUCUCAUGGCAACACAGUGCGAGCAACAAGGGGAGUGAGGAGACGAUGCGCGCCCAGGGACCGCAGUAGUAGGGAUGGACGGUUGAUUCGAGCGCUGCCUGCGACGACCGUCUUCUCAUCCUCAAGUCGUGGCUACCAUUUCGCCAUCACCUAUUAGCUCUGCGACGUCACUUCAGCGUUACCUCUCUUCUCUUCCUCUUUCUCGCUCC